AUGUCAUCCCUUCACCGGCUGUGUUGCGCGCUGCUCGCCACUGCGUCAUUCUCUCAGACCCUCGCGCUCCCGGCCACCCGUCUCUCCGUCCGCCAGAACGGCUCGCAGAACGGCACAGAUGCGUCGGCCGGAGGCGCGAACGACCUCGGAGCGCAAGUCUACGUCCCGCUCGCGGUCAUCGGGGGUCUCUUCAUCGCAGGCAUGGCCGUCGCAUGCUUCGGACGUCGCUUCCGCCGGAGCCCCGUGGCGGCCAGCGCAGGCGCAGCAGCCUCGGGCCCUACGGAGCUCACGGCCGAUCAGCUCGUCGGGGGCGCCGCCACCACCACGACGGCUGCAGGCACGCAGCGCGCCCGUCGCGCGCGGCGGACGCGGCGCACCCCCAGCCAGAUCUCGACGCACUCGCUCCCAGCCUACAUGAAGGAGCCGGGCGACCAGGAGAUCGUUAUUGUUAGGGGCGCUGACGAUAUGGAAGACGACAUACCGAUCACGGUGACCAUGCCUCCGGUGGACGAAGACUCGCUCAAUGGCUCGAUGGACACUUCGCACGAAUAUCCGUCGGACAAUCAGGUACCGCUGCUGACCGGCAACGACUUAGACGACCAGCACCUCAGCCCAGAUCACAACCGGCCGUCCCGCGCAAGCUUCGACAGCAUAGAUAGCUCAGCAGAGAACAGCUCGCACCACUAUGCGGACGAUGCGCCAGCUUACGAAACUGUCAUCCUAGACGAUCCACCGUACCCCCCAAUGCCACCAACAAGCCCGCCACCGAUGACACCGACCCCGGCGCCAGGAACUGAACGUUCAUCCAUUGAGCAGUUAUCAAAUACGCGUCGCCGGUCUGUCUUCGCCUCUAUCUUCAACCCUCGCCAUUCAAGAGGCCCGUCCGCCGCGUCCCCCGAACCGCGACCCAGCACCAGCCUGAGCGUCACGCACGAAGAUCAGCCACGGCUUUCGAUCGCGUCGGACCGGCGGAGCCGCGCGCUGCGGCACCAAGCAUCUCACUCGGGCUCGGGUUCGAUGCUCUCGCUGCUAUCACGCACGCGCUCGAACGGGAACCUGAAUGGCGCGGAAGCGCUCACGUCGCCGUCCAUGAUCUCGCUGCAUUCGAUAUCGGCCCCGCUCUCGCACACGCUCGUCAAGACGGAGUUCACGUACCCCAAAGGCGGGCCGACGGCGGACCAGAUACGGCUGAUCUCCAGCCGGGAGAGCCUGGCGCGCUUCGGGCGCCCGUACGGCGCGGACGCGAUCGCGUUCGCGGCGUCGGCGUCGGCGAGCAGAGCGGACCUGGAGCCCCCGCCGGGCUUCGAGGAGGCUAGUGGCGGCAGCGGCGGCGCGGUGGCACAGGGCAGGGACAGCCCGAGCUCGAACGAAUCGGGCCCUCUUCCUGAAUCAGGCGAGCACGUUUUGGAGGACGCCGACGAGACCCAGAGCCCGUCUUCAUUGGUGUCGCUCGCUAUCCCGCCGGCCUCUUCUUCUGCCGCGCCCCCGCCGCCCGACGACCACGACAUCACCUCCCCCACGACGCCCGUUGCAGCACCUUCUCUCCCCGCGUCCUCCUUAGCCCUGGAAUAUACGUCUAAACCAUCAUCUCCGUCACCGCUCUCGCCGCCGCCGCCGUCGACACCUAGCGCGAGCUUGAGCUCGCGUGCCCCACCCUCGGCAUUCAAAAACCUCUCGGAGUCUUCUGACGGUCUCCCGCCCCGCGCGGCGUCGCGCGCCAGCUCUUUCAUGUCCUUUGCGACCGCGAACGAGUCACUGGACACGCCCGCCACCCCGGGCUUUGGCGUGUCGACGGCGAGCCUUGCGGGCUACGACAGCGCUGAGGGCGAGAGCGCGCCGCCGACCCCGAGGACGGAGACGCGGCAUUUCGCGGAGGGAACAGACACGACGGUUACGAACGGAGACGCGCGGUGA